AGCUUCGCACCACCAGAACUGGAUUCGACACGUGAGACUCGAUGAAACUCGUGCCCGCUGACAAACGUGACGCCGCUGUGGCUGCUGCAACAGUGGCGACUCUAGGUCUCUUGCUCUCGUAUCUGACGAGACCGAAUGACAAGAAGGAAAAACGCAAAAUGGCUCACGUGCCCAAGUCCACACUACCAGUGCUGGGCAACAUGUUGGACAUGUCCAGCAACAUCCCGCGCUUUCACGACUGGAUCAGCGAGCAGUGCGCCGAGUUUAACAACGAACCGUGGACACUGAAGAUUCCCGGUAAAGAACCGUGGAUUGUGGUGUCGUCAAGUGAAUUGUUCGAGGACGUACUCAAGACCCAAGCCGACAAUUUCCUUCGUGGCCCGGUGAGCCAGUACCAGUCGUUCGACGUCCUAGGCAACGGUCUCUCGGUAUCAGACGGUGACGCGUGGUUCUACCAGCGCAAAACAGCCAGUCAUCUCUUCUCCAUGCAAAUGAUGCGAACGGUAAUGGAAGACACAGUACGCGAGAAGCUCCAAGUGUUUCUCAACGUUCUUAACACGUAUGCAACACGUGGCAAACCUUUUGGCAUCAAGAAAGAGCUAAGCCACUUUACCAUGGACGUGUUUUCUAAAAUCGGUUUUGGCAUUGAGUUGAACACUCUUAAAGAUACCUUUGACCGCGAGGAGGAUCACGAGUUCCUGGAGGCUUUCAAUGUGGCUUCGGUGGCGUUUGGUGUGCGGAUCCAGACGCCUACGUGGCUUUGGGAGAUUAAGAAAUUCCUUAACGUCGGCUGGGAGAAGAUCCUGAUGGAUAAUUGCAAAAAGUUCCACGAUUUUAUCGACAGCUUCAUCUUGAAGGCUAUUGAGGACCGACGCGAGAAGAAAGUGGCUCGUGACCUCAUCUCGCUCUUCCUAGAGAGCAGGAUUGAUACGUCGGAGCUGGACAUUAAGGAGGACGAAGCCCAGAUCAUGCGGGACAUGGCUACAACCUUCAUUUUCGCCGGCAAAGACUCCGUCGCCCACAGCAUCGGGUGGUUCAUCGUCAAUAUGAACCGACAUCCGGACGUUCUGCGUAAAAUACGCGAGGAAAUGAAGCAGAAGCUCCCGGGUUUGCUCACUGGAGAAGUCCAGGUCCCCACCUCUGCACAAGUUCAAGAGCUCGUGUACCUUGAGGCGGUGCUUCGUGAGAAUAUCCGACUGUAUCCGUCCACGGGUUUCAUCAUGCGUCAAGCUACUGAGGCCACCACGCUCGUCGACGGGACGUUCGUGGACAAGGAAGUGUCGAUCCUCUUGCCAUCGUACGCGAACGCACGCAACCCGAGGACGUGGGGGGAGGACGCGCACGAGUUCAAACCAGAGCGUUUUCUUGACCCCGAUACGGGGAAACUCCUUACGUUCUCGCCGUUUGUGUUCAGCAGCUUUGGCUCCGGCCCACACAUUUGUCUUGGUAUGAAGUUUGCGCUCAUGGAGAUCAAGUUGACGCUCGCUACGCUCUUCAGCAAGUUCGACAUCAAGACUGUCGAGGAUCCGUGGGAAAUGACGUACGAUUUCUCUCUAACGAUUCCCGUUAAGGGCCCGAUGGACGUCGCAGUCACUCCGCUCUCUAUGCCUUCAGCGGAUUCUGCCUAAAGGUAUUGCUAAAAGUUGUUAAUAAUUACUCCAAGUUACAACUUGUAAAGCACAAAGUUCAAAUUCAUUAACAUAUCGUUACGAAACAAAGGAAGAGAUAGACUCGACUGUGCUGCAU